UCAAGCCUCACUCCUCCACAGCGUUCAUGUUUGACAGCACAGAGGGAAGAAGAAUAGGAAGAAGGAAACUGAAUGACUGACGCUUUUUUUCUGACUGUUUGACGCAACGAGGAACUUUUUGUCCAUGUCACCAGCAAACCUGAGACCAGGACACCCAUCAGCCUACAGCAAAACUCUUUGCCUUUUCCGCGGAUUAAUUUAACCAGACCGGGAUCGAUAGCCUGGGUAUGGAUUUUAACCUGCUGACGGACAGUGAAGCCCGCAGCCCAGCGCUGUCGCUCUCCGACUCCGGGACCCCGCAGCACGACCAGGGAUGUAAAGGCCAGGACAACAGCGACACAGAGAAAUCCCACCAGAACCAGCUGGAUGAGUCCAACACUGAGGACGGCUCUCUGAAGAAGAAGCAGCGGCGGCAGAGGACUCACUUUACCAGCCAGCAGCUUCAGGAGUUGGAGGCCACCUUCCAGAGAAACCGCUACCCUGACAUGAGCACCAGAGAGGAAAUCGCAGUGUGGACCAACCUCACUGAAGCACGAGUCAGGGUGUGGUUCAAGAAUCGGCGUGCCAAGUGGAGAAAAAGGGAGAGGAACCAGCAGGCAGAGUUAUGCAAAAAUGGUUUUGGUGCCCAGUUCAAUGGACUCAUGCAGCCCUACGAUGACAUGUACACGGGUUACUCCUACAACAACUGGGCCACCAAGAGCCUAGCAAGCAGUCCUCUCUCCGCCAAGAGCUUCCCAUUCUUUAACUCAAUGAAUGUAAGCCCCUUGUCAUCUCAGCCCAUGUUCCCCCCCCCAAGCUCCAUCCCCUCCAUGAACAUGGCCUCUAGCAUGGUGCCCUCAGCGGUGGCAGGGGUUCCCACUACGGGGCUCAAUAAUCUGGGCAACCUCAACAACCUCAACAGCCCCGCGGCGCUCAACUCUGUAGCAGUGACUGCGGCCACAUGCCCCUACGCCACCACAGCCAGUCCUUACAUGUACAGAGACACCUGCAACUCCAGCCUGGCCAGCCUGCGGCUCAAGGCCAAGCAGCACACCAACUUUGCUUACCCAGCAGUGCAGAACCCCGUGUCCAACCUGAGCCCCUGCCAAUAUGCUGUGGACCGGCCGGUAUGAAGAAGAAGCUCCGACGAUGACCCCUGACCCAACCAGCUGUAAGUCCACUAUUACCCCACUUCACAUCUCUUCAGAUCUCGGCAGAUCAUGUUUUGAUGGUACACAAUGAAAAAAAACUUAAAAACUGACACAACACAACAAAUAGACAUGCCUGGAUGGACUACUGCUCUUCAAAGGAAUUCUCUCCAGUUUGUGAGACUUUGUUGCUGAACUGACCAACUGCUUCAAAGGAUUUCUAAAGAUUACCGAUUGUAAUUUUUUUCCUUCUUUUGAACUGCAUGAUUAGAGUAAAUGUAGAAACCAAGGGUAAAUAAAACAUGGAUGCUUCAA